CCGAGGACAUUGGUGUAAGGGAGUGAAUACUUAAUCGUUGAAUAGGCCAAGUGAUUAUUAAAACAUUAUGUAAAAUAUAUAAACUGAACAAAUAACAAGAAUCUAUAAAGCGAUUAAAAAAUCCUUUUAAAUGUAUAUGAAAGAGAGGGAUUGAAAACUAUAGAAAUGAAUAUGAUGGAUAUAAAUAGACUGGACUGGGAGUGCCGUACGAGUAUCGAGAUCUCGAUACCGAGAUUUUUUAUUGAGAUCCCAUUUGUUCCGGCUCUAAUAUAAACUAUAAGAGACAAACUGCAGCUUAUUUCUGCUUAAUUAAGAUUUUCAAAUGAAAAAUUUCUGUAAAAAUUUCCUAAAAAUUUCAAGUUUGCCACAAUAUUCAAACCGUGCCCAAUUCUAUAGUUCUUUAUUUCCUGCAACUUCAGAGCCAUAUUUAUACAAACAUGUAAAUGCUUUAGAAACACUUGUUAGAUUAACUGAGGAUAAAGAGUUUGAAGGAAUUAGUGGGAAAUAUUUCGAUGCCAAUGGUAAGGAAUUGAAACUGGGUGCGUCUGUUUGUGAUGUAAGGGUACUGUAAGUACAUUAUAAUAUUUUGGAGAAAUAAAUAGAAUCCUCAAAAUUUUAUUUUGAUAUUUAAUGCCAUGUUUAGUUUGGGAGG